AUGUCUGCACCCUCGGACGAACAGCUCAACAGGAUCGCGGCGGAUGCCGAGGCCGACCUCAACAGUUACCAGGCUAAGACGGGCGAGGCCCGCGAGCAGGCCGACGACGCCGCCGGCGUUCGGUCCAUUCCUGAGAACAAGUUUCCCGGCGCGGAUGUGAAGUACGGCGACGACCUCUCCACAAAUGCCGGCUACAACAAGCGCAUUCCUCCCGAGGAGGGUGGCGAUCUUGACGCCCGCGGACGCCAAGCACGCGGCGAGCUCUACGAUCACAACAAAGGCGAUGGUGGCCCCGCAGCCGCUCUUAACGCCAACGCGCCCAGCGGCGCCAACGAUGGCGACGUGUACCGCAUCCCGGGCAUCGACUCUCUCGGGACACAGGGCCAGAAGCCUGAUCCCCUGCUGCAAGGCGAAGAUGCCUCCAUCACAAACGUGGGCCGCAACCCGCCCGGCCCUGGAGGCAGCAAGUUCAAGGGCGAGGACUACUACGAACCCGAAUCGGUGCCUGGGAGCAUCGCCGCCGAGGGCAACGUGCCGCCUGCGAGCGUGACGCAGGCGAGCCGCGAGACGGAGGGAUAUUAA